CUGAGCUCCUCCUCCUAAAGCUGGCAUGUAUGAAGUAGACCAAUUCACAGCACUCAAGGCUAGUAUGGAGAGCAUCGUGAAACAAACUAUCAAGGAGCACCUAGGAGCUUCCCACCCACAUCCCAAUCUGUAUACUGAACCAGUGAAUCAAGCUGAGCUUUAUGGUUCUAGUAGUCACCACCAAUCCGACCUUGUCUUCUCUUGUGAACACUGCUUUCAAAAUCAUCUAUCUUCUGCUUGUCCCUUGAUUGAACCACCCCUUCCGAGCAAGGCUAAGGACGUUAAUCUAGCACAAUACGCGAAUAAAGGGGAAGGGCCUUGGGCCCAGAACAAUCAGGAGCAUUGGCGGGAGAGAAACAAUUUUCCAAGGAACAAUCGUCCCAGGGAUGACUAUAAACAAGGUAACUGGAAUAACAAUAAAACCAAUUACCAAAAUACCAACGCACCCUACGUUCCAUCUCAUAAUUGCCAACCUCCGCAAGAAGAUUCCUUGGCAAGGAUGGAGAAGAUGAUGAUGAAAUACAUGCAAAAGAUGAACAAUCUGGCAGAUGAUUUGAAGGAACGUGACAAGACACGUGAUAACCAGCUCCAACAAGUGUUCAAACAACUCGGAGUUAGAGAACAGGGGAACCUCCCAGCUACCACUGAACCAAACCCGAGGGAGCAACUUCGAGCCAUAACUUUGAGAAGUGGUAAAGAGCUCCAAGGCCCAGAAGUCGAAGCCAAUGUAGAUGAAGAACCUGCGGAAACCUCUAUAGGAACAACCCCUCAAAAGAAGUCUGAUUCCGUACCUCAAGAGACGAGGAAGGAGAAAACCUCCCCUUUCACAGAAACUUAAUUAUUUCACCAAGAUCGUGGAUUUAUUCUAUGACAAAUGUAUACUUGCUCCCUCGCCUUAUGCGAUUAGCGGGAGAAGCAGAACCCCUUUUCUGGAGAUAGAAUUUCCAAUUCGUCACUUAAGCGCAAUCUUAGCGAAAAAUCAUGAUUAAAGGUUACAAAAAGCAAAAGUUUAAUGCAGACCUUUACACAUUGUUAAAAAUUCUAGUGAAAUCAAUGGCCUUUUUAAAAGUAAUUAGAGUAUCUGAGUUAAAAAAAACUUUUAAGAGAAUACUAGUUAAUUUCAGCAAUGGUAGUGAUCUAUUUGAAAAAAAAUCACAUAAAAAUAGGAGUUUGCCAAAGCCUUGAAAAUUCUCAGUUUAUAUACUUGACACCCUACCAAUCAACUAUUCAAUAUUGG